UUAUUUCCUAAUUUCAUACCCCAAAAAAAAAAACUAUCCUUUUUUUUUUUCCUCUCUAUCCCUUUUACAUUACAGAAAUUUUGAGAGAAGAAAAAAAAAAUACAACAAUUAUGGCUUCUGAAUUGAUCUAUCGUGGACCGGAAUCACUCCCGGUUCCCGACGGUUACACUCCCAAACCACACAAACCAUGGUUUACUGUAAUUCGACCCGUUCGUUACUUGCUACGAGAGCAGAGAAUUGUUUUCCUAUUAGCAGGCAUUGCUAUUGCCUCUAUAAUUUUCGCCCUUUUUCCAUCUUCCCGUUCCGGAGGGUUGAGCUAUACGAAUACCGGGAUCUACGACUCGUAUUUGCCGUCCGAGUCGACUCAGUCUCAGGUAGCUCACCGGAUGGUGUAUCAGAAUCGGAUCGGGUUCGGGUCGUUUAAUUCUGGUGGGAAGAUCCCGCUGGGAUUGCAGCGUAAAGGUUUGAGGAUCGUGGUGACCGGUGGUGCUGGUUUUGUAGGUAGUCAUCUUGUGGAUCGUUUGAUUGCGAGAGGUGAUAGCGUGAUCGUCGUUGAUAAUUUCUUCACCGGACGGAAAGAAAAUGUUAUGCAUCAUUUUGGUAACCCUAGGUUUGAGCUUAUACGACACGACGUCGUUGAACCACUUUUGCUUGAAGUUGAUCAGAUCUAUCACCUUGCUUGCCCUGCCUCUCCUGUUCAUUACAAACAUAAUCCCGUCAAAACUAUUAAGACUAAUGUGGUGGGGACUUUGAACAUGCUGGGAUUGGCUAAAAGAGUCGGUGCGCGGUUUUUGCUGACGAGCACCAGCGAGGUUUACGGUGAUCCAUUAGAACAUCCACAGAAAGAGACAUACUGGGGCAACGUUAAUCCCAUUGGUGUCCGAAGUUGUUACGAUGAGGGAAAGCGAACAGCUGAAACAUUGACCAUGGACUAUCACAGAGGUGCUGGCGUUGAGGUGAGAAUCGCUAGGAUCUUUAACACCUAUGGACCUCGUAUGUGCAUUGAUGAUGGUCGCGUUGUCAGCAACUUUGUUGCUCAGGCUUUAAGGAAGGAGCCAUUGACAGUUUAUGGUGAUGGGAAACAAACAAGAAGUUUCCAAUUUGUUUCAGAUCUGGUUGAGGGCCUAAUGCGUUUGAUGGAAGGAGAACACGUCGGACCCUUCAACCUCGGAAACCCUGGGGAAUUUACAAUGCUUGAACUCGCUAAGGUGGUCCAGGAAACCAUUGACCCAAAUGCUCAGAUUGAACACAGACCAAACACAGAGGAUGACCCACACAAGAGAAAGCCUGAUAUCUCAAGAGCUAAAGAGUUGCUUGGUUGGGAACCAAAAGUGGCUCUCAGAAAAGGUCUACCUAUGAUGGUUCAAGACUUUAGGCAACGUAUUUUUGGUGACCACAAAGAAGACAGUAGCUCAAAGGUCACCACAGCUUAAUAGAGUAUGUAUGUUUGGAUAUUGUUAUGGUGUUUUAACUUGGUCUGGGGUGAAAUGCACGGCGGCGAAAGAUGACUCACUCUUGUGCUCAUUUAGAUUCAGCAGAAGUGCAGGCAGCAGAAGACUCAGUCCCCCAUCUACUUCUUCCUUUUCAGUGGUCUUAAUAGUUGGUUCAUUGUCAAUUUUGUAAUUCUAUUAUUAUCCUUUAUUAACAGUUGAUGUAGUCGACCAACCUUCAUUAUUAUCAUAACAAUAAAACAGGUUCCUAUUUCCUCCCCUAUAUAA